AUGCCACACUCGGUCCAUCCUACGCCUCGGGAAAAUACGCCAGACACAGGCAAAGAGCAAGACCUGUCGAGACUUUGGUGGAAUCGCAAUAUACCAAGUCGUCAGUGGACAGCAGAUUGUCCGCAAUACUUGGUCGGGCAGAGUGAGAAGAACAUUGGGAUCUUAAGCCGCAAAGAUGAGGAGUUCGCACGAUUUACGUGGCAACAAAUUGAAGAGCUAGUUCGGACGAACAAUAUCCACCUUUUCCAGCGGCCAUCAAGCCAGCUGCGGAGCUAUCUUGCCUAUGUUUACCAUCUCAAGGAGACCUACGGCUCAGUUCUACUAUAUAUCCAGCAACAUCGCGUCCAUUGGCCCACGAUCAGUCGAAGUGGAGAUCCGCCAUUCAGCAAUCCCUCCGACUACAAGAUUUUGUACAACGACUGGCCGUACUUUGUCGAGCAGGGGAUACAACAUCUCGUGGUGUGGACGAAAUUUCCCAUCGAUGAGGUUGAAGAGACGGGAGAAGUGACUCCGGAGGCGAAGAUGCAGAUCGAAGAGUUCAUUAAGAGGACAUUCUGCGAGGUGAAAGGGGGGGAGAGGAUAGAGAGGGAGAGGAUCGUGUGGUUCAAGAACUGGAAGAGUCUGAAAAGCGUGCAUGCGUUAGAGCAUUUCCACAUCAUGCUGUAUCAGCCCCCAGAGGAACUCAUUGAAGCUGUUACAGAGGGGGAUCGGCCCAUAUGUGAAAGCUGGAUGGCAGAGAACGGUGCUCUGUAG